AUGGCAUCAUCAACACCAACUGUCAUCAUAUUCGGCGCAGCCGGUGCCGUUGGAAGAGCCGCAGCCAUUGAGGCCCAUUCGCGCGGCGCUCGCAUCUUCCUUGCUAUGCGCAACACCCAAAAACCGAUCGCGGGCCUCUCCGGAGAGUUGGAGGAGAAGAGCAACUUCACACGCAUUGAAGCAGAUCUUCUAAAACCGGAUUCUAUCCGCAAUGCUAUCAGCAAGUCGGGGGCAACAGUUGCGUUCACCUACGUCGUUCCUCAGGCCCAAGAUGCCAUGAAGUCGGCUUUUGGGGCGAUGAGAGAAGCGGGCAUAAAACAUAUCGUCUUCCUCUCAUCAUACACCGUUUAUCCCGACAGGGAGGCUGCCGUCAAAGGAAACCAUGCCAUCGCAGGGCUUCAUGCGCGAGCCGAGGUCUCUUUGGUGAAAACCGGUUUGCCGAGUACUAUUCUUCGACCGAUGUACUUCAGCAGUAACAUUAGCUCGGAGGCCGAAGACGUCAAGAAUGGCGAGGUCUACUUGCUAAGGCCUGGGGCAAUCAGCGACUACUUGGCCCCUGAAGAUAUCGGGUCUGUUGCUGGUGCGAAGCUAGCACAGCCAACCACCGAGUCCGAGAUCAUUCCGCUCUGUGGUCCCGAUCUUCUGUCACAGAGAGAUGCAUGGGAGAUCGUGUCAAAAGAGCUUGGCCGGGAGAUCAAGAUCAAGGAGAUCGGAGAGGAAGAAUUCCUUGCGCGGCAGCAAGUCCCUCCCCCAUUGGCCCGCAACCUCGCCGACUACUGGCUGGAAGGAGAGGAGGCGUUGGCGAGAUAUCCAGCAGACCGUUACAAGGAAGCAUCCGCAAACAUGAAGAAGUACACAGGAAGAGAGCCAACUACAUUUUCUCAGUGGAUAAAGUCUCACAAGUCUGAAAUAUUCGACGAGUAG